CCCACUUCGCGCGCAGCUGAUGCUCCUCGUCUCUCCACUUCGUCCACACUUCUCCCGCUCGCGAUACCGCGGCCUCCAACCCGCGCGGCCAGCUGAUGACACCAACACGCCCGUCUCCAGCCCUCGCCCGCCUAUGCUGACCGACAAUCCCGCGCUAGUGCGUCGAGUACUCCUCACGGUCGAUGCGACUCUCCCACCACGGUCUCAGUGACUGCAUAGCUUGGCAAUCGUGCCCUCGCGACGCCACCGACUCCAUUCGUUACACCGUGGUGGCUCCGGAACCCUCGGCGGUGGUUGUCGCACGGAGGUCAGAUAUGGGAUGUGGGUGCACUGCGCGCGGGGGUGGCCGAGACUUGCUCGUGCUGAAAUUGAAGUCAUCGUACGCGUCACAUCGCGUACCGCGAUUGAUAAUAUGAACAAGCAUACAUCUGGACCAACCUUAUAAACAUGCCGACGGCUUGUCCAACAAAACACCACUUCUCUGAACGGC